AUGUCCAAUAGCCCCAGCACAUACGAGCAUCUGUGCGCAUGCAUUGUGCGCAACGAGUCGAAAGACGAGUCUUUGAAGCGCCUUAAGGCCAAGCUAGAGGAGAGCGCAGCGUACAAGUCCAGGCUGGUCAAGGAGUUUGGCGUGCUGUCGGUCUUUCUUAAGGAGAUAUCAGAGAUCUACGACUACUUAAUAAUGGAGAGAAGCUCAAUCCCGACAAGCAUCUACACAAUUCUGGAAAUAGUAAUUCUUUUGACAGACAUUGACAGCUUCAUAGAGUAUGCAAUAAACUCGAAUCUGCUGCUGUUUCUCUACCCGAUCAUCAACUCGUCGAUUCGGAAUGCGGAAAUAGAGGAGCUGAAGUACACCACGCUGUGCAUCAUAAAGUGCAUUCUCAACAAGCACAAAAUAGAAAACCUGAUUGAGUUUUUCAAAAACACAGAGCUUGUUCCGCUGUGCCUGCGAAACAUGGAGCUGGGCAGCAAAAAGACAAAAAUCGAGGCAAGCGAGGUGUUCUACCUGAUCAUAUCGAUUCGGGAAGGCCUGGAGUACUCGUGCCAGACAUACGACCGGUUCAUGGCGAUUUCCAUGAUCCUGAACUCGGUUCUUGUGCAGCUGGAGUCCAUACAGUCCCCAGAGCUUUUGGAGCUGAUCAUCAAAAUAUACACAAAACUGUGCAACAUGCCCAACGCAAAGCUUGCCUUCAACAAAAACAGGCCGCACAUGCUGUACACAGAGAGCAUCCGCGAAAUUGUCCGAACAAACGAAGCUGUGAAGGCUGCAUACGAUGAGUUUUUGAACGUUUUGCAGAGCUAG